AUGCAUCGAGGGAUACUGAAACAAUGCGUGACAACUCGUACUUAUGGGAAUUGCCAUAUGCGCUUAUCGUCCGUAUUGCAACGUCUGCGCUGGUUUUUUGAUGACUACGAUCUGUAUCCUAGUCGAAUGCUUGUUUACAGGCAUUUGCCUACACAAACAUUCGAAGUGGUAAUCGCUGGUCUGUUAAUAUCAUCGAUGGUAAUGUCAUGUGCUGUAGUAAUAACUGGACCAUUCUGUUGUCAAAAAUGCCGCAUGUCAACGACAUUUAUCGUCUUAUUGACAGGGGUGUGCGUCGGAACCGCUUGCUUUGUUUAUUGGCAGGCUAAUCUUGAAGGGCAGACGUUCACUCUUCAACACACUCCCAUGCACGACUUAUAUCCUUAUGAAUAUGUGAGUUACCAAUUUUCAUUACUGUAA